GCUUCAUUAAGAUCACCACCCAUAUCUUCAUUCUAUGUUGAAUAUAAUAAUAAUGCAGACUUAUGUAUAUUUAUCUAUCAAUCAAAUUUCUCAACCCUAACUUUCACCCACCGGUAUCCAUCUAGAUUCCUUUUUAAGGAAAGAAUUCCAAACGCAAUAAGGCCAGACAAGUAAACCGAAAAUGGAAGGUGUUUCGAUGACGGUGUAUAAGGGCUUGAGAAGCUACUGGCAGAGGAGAGGUUACGAGAGGAUAAAUGGAACGGGUCGGAGUAGGACAAGCCGAUCGGAUCCGGGUUCAAGUUCAACCCGGAGAAGACGCUCCUGGAGGAUCAAGAUCAAACCAAAGCUUAAAAUACUCAGAGUAGCUUCUCCGAAGAAGUUCUUUUUAUGGCUUCGUGACUCAUACGUGAAGAUGAUGAUGAGUUUUGCUAAUUCGCGGGUUGGUGCUGGUUAUGGUGGAGCCAUAGCUGGACCUCAAGGAGUUCACGGGUUUGGAAAGGGUCCAGUUAAGGAGUAUGAUGAGAAGAUGCUCGUUGAGAUCUACAAGUCUUUAGUGUUGGCGCAGAGUCAGUUGGUGCCACGAGAUGCAGCUAAACUUGGUUCAGAGAUCCCCUGUUGAAGCUAGCACAAGCUAAUCAGAAAAUAUAUCAGGUACGAGGUUUCGAUUAUAGAUUUCGCUGCUCACUUGAAUUCAUAGAAAAUGCAUUUUCCAGAAAAGAUCAUAUGCAAAUCAUUCAAGACUACCCUGAAAGAAACAAGGACCAAGACAAGAAAAGCUUUGCUUUUUUAAUUUUAUUUUUUCUCUUUAAUUUUUGUUUUAUCUUUUCAGAAUAAAAUUUAAUGUUCUUCUGUUGGAAAUUUGUAAUGAGUAAAUGUUGAGCUGUUGGAAAUAAGUCUUUUAAGGCACCCAACUUCCUGGCAUAAGAAGGGAAGUAAUAAAAUUUGACCGUCCUUUUUACUUUGGUGGUAAAAUUAUGAGCUUGCAACACCUUGCUUGGUCGGAUCUGUCAGAUUCGAGCCAUUUUGA